GCAGCUUCAAUCGAAAAAUAUCAUCGAGCUAGAGGCGCAGAGUAAUUCGAAGAGUAUUACCAAUCGUGACAGUGGGAGUGAUCUUAAAUGCAAUCGACAAUUUGCAAUAUUCCGGUCCGGUGUACAAAAAUUGGAAUUAUGGGCAUUGAAAAUGAUCGAUUCUUCGUCAAAGAUUCCGACAGGGAUAUUAGAAGGAAAUUUGAAGGACCUGGGAGUUUACGACGAGUGUGUGACGAUUGAAGUUGAAAAAGAAAAUGAAUCUAUCCGGGGAAGACAUUGUAUGUACUCCUGCUCGGUCAACGGGCUGGAAACGAAUAUGUCAUUGAGUCUGACUUUCUCUAUUUGCAUACCUGAUGGAUGUAACGCUGGUGAUUUAGCUAGAAUGAUUCACCAAAGUAUUAAUCUAACGUCUAACUAUGACUACAUUGACGUCACAGUGAAUUCAGUGACAUGUUCUGCGGUGGAGCCAGAGCCCUGGGAUGAGGGUGGAAUUAUCAUUUUGUCGGUUCUGUCUGUCUAUUUAGCUUUCUUGAUUUGUUGCACCAUUUGCGAUUUGCUGUUCACCGAAUCAUCUAAUUAUUUUAACAAAAAUAUAAUAGAGACAUUGUCGAAAUUCUCACUGUACUCCAAUGCAAGACGUAUACUCAGCAUAAAAGUACCACGCGAAAAUAUACCAGCUCUUCAAGGAAUACGAUUCUUCAGUAUGGGCUGGGUCGUGUUAGGACAUGUGUACUAUAUUCACUCAUACGGGAUAAUCAGCAAUCAGCUAGCUGUCGCCAAGUGGCGCAAAUCCUGGGACUCCUUAUACAUUGUCAUAGCACCGUUCACAGUAGACACUUUCUUCGUGAUCAGUGGAUUUUUAAUAUCGUAUCUGUUCUUGAAAAACAUGGCGAAAGGUGGAAAAUUCAACGUAAUUAUGUACUACGUCCAUCGGUAUCUCAGAUUAACACCAGCAUAUGCCGCUCUCCUCCUCCUGACGAUCUUCAUAUUCCCACGAAUUGGUUCAGGCGCUAUAUGGGAAGCCAACAUGUCAUUACAGAGAGAAUCUUGCUCGAAAAACUGGUGGGCAAACCUUCUCUAUGUACAAAAUUAUGUGAACACUCAGUACUUGUUUUGUUUAGGCCACGCCUGGUACUUGGCAGUAGACAUGCAAUUCUUUUGGAUAUCUCCAUUGAUUGUUUAUCCUCUUGCAAAAAAGCCUAGAGUGGGCGUUGCAGUUGUGAGUGCUUUCAUGAUUGCUUCGAUUCUCAGCCCUGCUAUCAUUUCGGCCAAGAGUGAAUACUCUGGAGGUCUAUUCCAAGACACAAAAUAG